AGGUAGUCACAGGCGGUCCAUCAGUGAACAGCCCACAUUUUAUUUUCACGCCACACACGACAACAUGGUCUGCUUGCAACUGGCAGCGUUUGCUCCACUGAAGGACAUAACAGUCUGGAUGUCAGUUAUGUUUCUUUUGUCUCUUCAGACAGGAUUCGGGGAGAAGCAGACUACAAUCUGUAGGCCUUUGUGCACUGGAAGUGAGUGCAUAACUGUUAACCAGCAGAAAGCGGAUUUUGAAACGGCAGAGGCAGUAUGCAGAGAGAGCAUGGGAGAACUCCUGACGUUUCAGUCUGGGGCCGAUGAGCACAUCUUGGACAUGCUGAGUCAAGAACUGUUCGAAAACUUCUGGAUCGGGCUGCGUUUACCAGCUGGGGCCUGCAAUAACCUCUCAGCUCCACUGAGAGGCUAUGAGUGGACCUCCGGUAACACGAACCAGAGCUUUAUUCCUUCCCAGACAACCUGGAGAGAAAACGUUACAGUCUGCUCUCAACACUGCGUUUCACUUUCAAAUGACCACAAAUGGACGGAGAGCCCGUGCUCUGAAAAAAUCAAUGGGUUUCUGUGCAAAACAAAGCACAAACAUGCAUGCCGGGCGCCUUUUUUCCAAAGCUCCAGCGGUUGCCGAGCUGGACCCUGUCAGCAUACAUGCAAAGAUGUAAAGGGGGGUUACAUAUGCUCUUGUUUCAAUGGAUACAUCCCAAACAGCAAAGACCCCAGGCAGUGCCAAAUAUAUUGUGGACAACAGAAAUGUCCCCAGAUAUGUGAGGGAGGCCUUGACAGUGAGUGCAUCUGUCCAGAGGGCUAUAUACUUCAUGAUAACAAAUUUUGUGAGGACAUAAACGAGUGUGAAAUGGGUUACUGCGACCAGAAUUGUAAAAACACUUUUGGGAGUUUUGUGUGCUCCUGUGAAGAAGGAUUUGUACUUAAAGAAGACGUCAAAUGCCAAAAGAAGACACAGGACAUCAUCGCAACCACUGUCGCUGUAGGAUUUGUUAAACCGGCCGGCAGAAACAAUACACUGAAGGAUUCCGCAGCAGCUGGGGGCAGUUUUAUGUGGAUUUGGGUUGUGGUUGCAGUGGUUGUGGUCGUGUCCAUAUUUGUGAUUAGGCUUUAUGUUGUUAAGUGUCGCAAGUACAGAGAACGACAUUUGAAUCAACAGUCUACUGCUGUGGAUAAUAUUGUUACUUAAAUCAUUGACUAUAUAUGGGUUAAAUGUAGUCCAAACAAUAUUCCAUACGGCAUGUUAAGGACAUUUUUGUCUCCUUACAAUUUUUUUUUUUUUUUUGAAAAGGCAUUAACAGCAAAGGAAAUGUGUAGAUAGGCACACAUCCUGCGAGGGGAUAUUUACAGUAAUUAUUUCAGUUUUCGUACGUGACUCAUCAAGAGCAACAAGUAGAGGUCAGAUAAAAAAAAGAAAUUUCGAUGAAAUACCUGUACACAAACAUUAUAAUGCAAAAAAAAAGGCCUUUUGGGGGACCUGGUUUUCACCAACACAACCAUUUGUGUUUUUACACAAGUACUGACAGGAUGUUCAGGUAGAACCACUGAACAAUUGUUAUUCAAGGACCUACUAUCUGGAAUGGGUUUAUGUCUUUAUUGACAUCAUUAUACAUUAUCUCUGUCUGGUUGAAGUCUAGUGCUUAUGGUCAAGCUUCCAGUGCAUCAUCUGUUGAUUACUGUGCCGUUCUAAGUACCUUUACAGUAUUGGUAAAUUCAUUGAAGUAUACAGUAUGGAUUAUAAACAGUACGGUAAUUUGUUUUUAUUUGCUGAAAUAGAUUGUGUUUUGUUCAUUAAUAAACCCUAGACAAAAAUCGAACCAAAUUUUAAGUUUUAAUUAAAAUUGUUUCACUUUUUUGUCACUGUCAGAGGCAAAUAGUUCUCAUUUAUGAACUCCUACAUCAUAUUUCAUGAAUGUGAAACAUAUUAAUGCCCAUUAGGCAACUACUAAAUCGGAUAAAUGUGCGCUCUUUGUGUUAAAGAGCUGUGUUCCCCCUUGGAAAGAGAUCUGAGUCAUUAUAAUAUUAAGAUCUCUUAAACUCCAGGACUUUCAAACUUACAUACAAUACUUGAGUGAAUCUAUUCUCUUUUUCAUGUUUGUAUGCAUGAAUUAGUUUUUAUGAUAUGAUGGACACAUAUAUUUUCUCUGGAACAUUACAGGUUGAUUUCAUGUGUAGUUGUGUAGUGUAGUUGUGUUCCUCAUAUCAACUCAACACCAUUGCCCUAGUUAUUCUAGUGCCAUCUACUGGUGUAAGAACAAACUGCAGGAAGGAGUCAGUUUAUUUUAAAAUCAGUUGUCAUGUCAGAAAAUGUUGAAGAGAUAUAUUUUCAUAGAAGAAAAUGUGUGUUAACACGUGAUGCCAUAUAUUACAUGAUUAUCCAAUUGUAACAAACAUUUUUAUGUUGUUUCUAUUACUAACUGCUUCAUUUUAUGUUUUUUUUUUCAGUUAAGCUUUGCACCAUUGUAUGUUAUUUAUUUGUCUAUUAUACUACUGUACCUAGAGAA